ACUCCCCUUUCCAAAGUCCCCGUUUGCUUCUUCCUGCGUCAAAUCAAAAGUCAAAAGAGCGAAACUGUGUUCAAUUUUCCAUUUCAAUUUGCCGGAGACUUUGAAUUUCCCAAAGUCGAAGUCAGUAAUGGAAGUUGUUGGCCUCUGCAUGCUGUUAAAGUAGCUCGGAGUGGGGAGGAAGAACAACGGCAUGGCGAUAUCUAACUGGCGAUCACACUCCGACGGCAAGGUCUGGAAGUUUUUCAAGCUUCCGUUUCGUCAUUCUGCAGCUACCACGCCGGCGGCUAACGCUCCCUCUUCUCAUCCUCCGGUUGAGGGUUCAACGUCUCAUAGUUCCAAUUCGGUUUCUUCGGUCGCCCGAUCGCUUCUUCCAACCCGACGUCGUCUCAAGCUUGAUCCCUCCAAGAAGCUUUACCUCCCUUAUGAACCAGGGAAGCAGGCUAAGAGUGCCAUUAGGAUUAAAAACACUAGCAAAUCCCAUGUAGCUUUCAAGUUCCAAACAACAUCACCCAAAAGCUGUUUCAUGCGUCCUCCUGGGUCUGUCCUUGCACCUGGCGAGAGUAUUAUUGCAAUUGUGUUUAAGUUUGUAGAGGCACCGGAAAAUAAUGAAAAGCCUGAAAAAAGUGGACUCAAAUUUAAAAUCAUGAGCCUGAAAGUCAAAGGAGAAGUUGAUUAUGUACCUGAGCUGUUUGAUGAGCAGAAGGACCAAGUAGCAGUGGAGCAGAUUUUGCGGGUUGUGUUCAUAGAUCCAGAACAAGCUAGUCCUGCUUUGGACAAAUUGAAGAGGCACUUGGCUGAAGCUGAUGCUGCACUUGAGGCUCGUAAGAAGGGUCCAGAAGAUUCAGGUUCUGAGAUUAUUGGGCAAGGAGAAGUCAUAGAUGAAUGGAAAAACAGAAGGGAAAGAUACCUUGCAAAACAGCAGGUUGAAGGGUUAGUAGUAGACUCUGUAUAAAGUGUCCUUGUGAGUUUUACAAAUCAAAUAUAUUUGAGUAUUGCUAAAAUUGAACAUUGGCAGCGGGUGAAGUCAAAUAUGAAUUUUUUUUUUUUGGCCAACAAGUCAAAUAUGAAGUUGAAUUCAGAAAAAAGAAUUAUGAAACUAGAGUGCUAGACUUUGUAAAAUAUUCCAGAUGAUGGUCGGGGACUCGGAGUAUUUUGAAGAAUCCUAGGCAGUAAACAUCCUGUGUGGAUGAGUGGGAUGAGUGUAUUUGGAUCAUUCAAUAAUUAAAGAAUUCAUUGGAAUUUUUAUCUUA